UAAUCUAUAAAUGUGAAGAGUUACAUCUAUUAAAUAUGCCGGACAUUUCAUGCAGUAAAAAUACAUCCUUUACAGAUGCCAUCCUCUAAACGACGGUGCCUCUUUAUAAUCUAUAAACUUUGACGUAUGACUUCCUAUUUAGUGACAUUUAAUUUUUUGAUGUUUUAUUUCUGCUUAUAUGCUGCGUUUUCAUAAACUUCAGGGAUACCAGUUUUCUUCUCAGCUGAGCUGAAACAUUCGUCACUACCUCUGGAUGGCAGCAGCUUCAAAGAGCAGAAGUAGGGAACCUUAACCUGGGAUUUAACAAUGUGGGGAAACUAUUUUCACACAGGCCAGCUUAGUGUAGAUGACUUUUCCCUCUAAUAAAUCAUUUGAAAAGCACAUUUCGUUUUUACUUGAUUACCUUGGACCGAUAUUAAAAUGUGUUUUUGACAUUAAGACAAAAAGGCAAAAACAGCAAUCUGUAAGGAGGCAUGUAGUUUUUCAGAGCACUGCUUGACCUACUUUAUUUUGAGAUGUCAUUAGGGUGUCAAUAAAAUGAAAGUGAAAUUUAUUCAACUGCUUAAAUAUAGGCUAUUAAGAAAUAUAUUUGUAUCCAGUCUUUUAAACAUGUACUUAUUUACAGUCAGAUUUGUUAUAAAAUAUUUUUUUGUAGAAACAGAAUUGAUUUAGUUAUUAAGAACUCAGUGGUGUUCAUAUUUUACCUCAAGUAUGUUCUUUGUCAAGCUUUUGUAGCUGACAAACAGAAAAAAAAGCUUAAUCCGGAUAAGGAAUUAUUAAAGUCAUCCUGUGUUAGAAGUGCCUGAGUAUUCACUCAUUUUUAUUUUGUUUCACUGUAUUUUAGUCUCAGAUAAGUUGAAGGGCGCCUUCAAUUCAAUCUGCUGGAACCGAUUAAGCAAACCCAUUAGUUUUCUUAAAGGUGCACAUUUCUCACUGUCGACCGUGUUGACUUUGGGACAUUGCAGGAAUUCUUUCUAUGCAGAUGAUCAUUGAUUUCCCAUCAAAGAGGCUGUGUGAGUUGUCUGGCCACGCCUGUCUCUGGCUGAGGAAAUAAAAACUCACCUGCAGGGUAUCUUCUGCGCACUCCUGCGUGAGACUAAGAGGUGUGCACAUACCUGCACAGCAUUUCCUUUCUAGCCAUCCAGCAGUCAUCAUGGGCCCUGAGCGUUAUCCCAUCAGCAUCCGUUUAACUGGAGUCCUACACAAGGAGAAGACCAAGAUGUUCAUAACUUCUGUGCUUUGGUCGGAUCAGAAUGAGAUUGUCGUUUACAGAAGUUUUGAGAAUUUCAGAGAAAUGCAUAAACAACUGAAGAAGAAAUUUUCAUCUGGAAGUAAACUGAAUAAAUCUGACAGAAUCCUUCCUAAAUUUCAAAGCAACAAAGUGAAGCAGAAGAGCCAAGGAAAGGGGCCUGAUAAAUCGCUGGUGCGCAUCAAGUAUUUGCAGAAAUACUGCAAUGACCUCCUGAGCUGUGAUCAACGGGUCUCUCAGUCUGCAGAUCUUGUAAAGUUCUUGCAACCGAAGGAGAAGGAGCUGCAGCCGGAGUUCACCAAAAACUGUAUCAUGAUCAUGCCCUCGGAGGACAAGAUCGGGAGCUUUGGCGGACAUGACACCAGCGGUAAUGUGACCCAGCCAUUCGUCACAGAGACCUACCGAUGUGUGGCCCCCUAUGAGACCAAAGACACCAAAAACAAACCUUUCAAAGCUGCUGCGGACGAGCGACUCGACGUUCUCAUCAAAGAAAAAGCAGGGUGGUGGCUUGUAGAGAACGAGGAGAAGAGGAUGGCCUGGUUCCCUGCUCCCUACCUGGAGAAGCUAGAAGAUGAGGAGGAUGAAGAGGAGGUGAACGGGAUACCAGAGAAAGGGACGCUUUACACAGCCGUCAAGAGCUACACUUCCGCCACAGUUGAUGAAGUGAGCGUGAACAUCGGUGCAGUGGUGGAGGUGCUGCAGCAAUCUGAAAACGGCUGGUGGCUCAUCAGACACAACGGAAAAGUCGGCUACAUCCCGACGCUGUACCUGCAGCCCUACAGAUACCCCCGCAUCCAGAUGACGCCUCAGCAGAACGCGCAGAACUCGUCCUCCCUCCUCACGCCCUCUGCUCCCCUGCACCACAGCCGUUCCCAUGGCGCCCUGCCUCAGAUUCCCAACUCCAGGCCCACCUCCCCCAGCCGGAGCCAACCAGAACGCUUCCACCGGUCCCAGUCUCUGAACAGCUUCUCUGAUGAGCCCUACGCUCAGCCUGUUCCAGCGAGACGAUCCUCCGCCACUCCCGAUCCCGCAAUGCCAGCCCCUCUUCCGGUCAUCACGGUGCAGAGCGAUGACGACGAAGAAGACGAGCAGAGCGGCGGCGGCAUCCUCAGGGCAGAGUCCAUGGACAGCUUCGACAGCGACAGCUUCAGCGACGACGCCCUCUCCAUGUCUGCCGGCUCCUCCCUCAACCUGAGCGACAGCGCCAGCAGUGAACAGCUGCGGCUCUCCCGCACGCCCCCUCCCAUGGCGAGCAACCGCCUCAGCCCAACGAGCCACCCUCAGGGAACUUUACUCCCCAGUGUCUCCGACCCCAACCUGUCCAGGGGGCCCAGGCUCCCCAUGGUGCCCCCCAGACCCCGUGCCCAGGAUAUCCUCACCCGCUGUAGCACAGUCACCCGUAAGAACGUAACCAAAAGCAGGCCGUCACCGACACAGACCGAGGUACCCAGUCGAUAAAACUUCCACUGUAAACGUUAGGUUUUAUUAUUGAUACUCUAGUUUGAGCAGAUUGUGUUCUUUGGCAUCAACUGUGCAAAUUGCUUUGAUGAUGAUGUUGGGACAUACAUUUUUUUU